AUGAGGAGAGAGGAAGCCGAGGGGGGCGGGCAGGUGGGGUCUGGGGGUGCCAACUGGGAGCAGCCCCGGCCCCGCAGGGCAGCCAGCCUCCCUGAGCCGCCUCCGGAAGCACAAAAGGUCUGGUCCCUCGUGGAGAGGCUACGGCCACACAGGUGCCCCAGGGCUGGGUCCCCUUUACCAAUCCCAGCUCCCCCUCGGGUGUCCCGAGAGAGGCAAGCUCCUGGCAGUUGCAGGGAUGGAGGAGAGGGGCUCUGUGCCAGGCGCAGAGUGGUCUCCAGACGGGAUGGGGACACCAGUGCGCACCAGAAUGCAGACAGCGGCUACGGCUACGCACCAGACAAGCGCAGGCCCUGGUGCCCCAGGAAUGCAUCAGGGACGGCUUCCGCCGGGACUCCGCCGCUGCCGCCUCCAGGCCUGAUCCCCAAAUACUUUCCACCCUCACUGAGCAGCUGGGAUCGGAAAAUACCAAGGACUGCGCGCCCCGCCCUGCCCGCCGCCGCCCAGCCUGUCACUAGCGCUUUGCCUAAUGGGCCAGACUCUUCACAGAAGCUCGGAUUUCCCAGACCCAUGGAUCAAUGUACCUGGACUACCCAUGGCAUUAUGGAGGUAUCUGCCCACAGUCAUGGACGUCGAGAAUUGGCAUCUCAGAAGCUGCUUUACUGCCCCUCACCACCUCACCACAUCCCGGACCACCCAGCCCCGGGCCACAGCACAGUGACCACACCCAGGGUGGCGCCAGCCCCAGCACCCUGGGGCAAGGCGCCACUGAAGUAUGACUCAGCUGUGCCCAGCAUGGCGCAUCCUGCUCUACCCCAGAAUUCCCACACACCCACACCCGCAACCCCUGCAUACAUCUCCAGGUGAGCGGCCCAGGCAGGACACCAGACGGCAAGGUUGAAAGGAACCAGAGUGCCCCAAAAAGUCUGGAGCCCAGGGCCUAGGCGGGAGAGAUGCGAGGCACGAUGCUCUCCUCUCACAUCCAAACUCUCCCCAGUUCCAGAUGCAUAAAACGGAGACCAGGGCGAUUCCCAGCCGGACUGAGGUCCCACAGUAGGUCUCUCUCACACACACACACGGCCAGCCUGUUCCUGGCAUAAAGAAUAACCCAAGUACAGCCAGGUCUGGUGGCA